AUGCCAGGACUGGAGACACGGUGCCGCUACACCAUUGGAAUGGCCCAGACAAAGAAGUGGCGGAAAAGAAAUAAAGAUGGCCUUCAAAUUACAGAGACGCCUCCAGCAUCCCUGAAGACUCUGCCACAACCAAUUAACAAAGACUGUGCUGCACCUCUUGACCAAGCUAUUGGCAUGCUGGUUGUCAUCUUCCACAAAUACGCUGGCAAGGAUGGCGAUAAGAACACCCUAAGCAAGAAAGAAUUGAAGGAGCUGAUACAGAAGGAGUUCACCAUUGGACCAAAACUGCAGGACGCAGAGAUACAGGGAUUAAUGAAAGAUCUGGACCGCAAUGGGGACCAACUGGUGAACUUCCAGGAAUACGUCACUUUCCUGGCUGCCCUGGCAAUGAUUUACAACGAAGCCUUGAGUUCGUAAAUGUACACCCUGGUGGGGCGAGGUGUCGUGGUUCGGGAUUAUACUGCUGUAGGCGGUUUCACGUCCAAUAAAAUUUAAGUUUUGU